AUGGAGACCAAGUGCCUCGUGUCUCGAAUGUUGCUGUUACUAGUGGCGCUCGAAGGCGUGUCGUUUGCUGUGAACUUUGAUGACUUGACGCUUUCGCUGCGAAUGGUGCAGCUUGUUCACUUAGGCAUCGAGUCGCCAAAGCUCGAGCUCAAGACGGCGGUUCCCGCUGAAGUGCAGUAUCUACUGAAUCAGAAGGAAUUGGCGUGGAAAGACUUGGGAGGGACAUUGCAGCGACUACUGCUCUGGGAUCAUGGCUUCAUUGCCACGGACAGCUACACGGCCCGGGAGGUCAGAGUACGCUGCGAUCUUGCAAUGGAUGACGUGACGAUUUCGCGAAAUGAGUUCGAGAGGUUGCAUGAUUGCCCGCCGACUGUCUGCUCAGAUCUGGUGUGUUCUGGCGCUGUGAGGAGAGCAACGGUCUGUGCUGACAGUCAGAUCGAGCAGGUGGCCAAGUGCGCGGUUCUAGAGCUCAAAAGUGAAGUAGCUGCAGCGUCGUUGGCCGUCGAGACGAACGUGAUUUGGUCCGAGGAGGGAUGCAACGCUGAUGUUCCGAUACCCACGUUGCGUCGCCAUUCUGUCGGGACGUUUGCUAUCACGAUGCAAACUCCUGUCAGCGAAGAGGCAUGUACACAUCAGCUUGCUCUUGUCAUCCCAUGUACGACUGUCAAGUCUUCGGCGAAUAGCAGCGAAUGGUGCAAACCUCGUCGAUCGGGUGUGGUGGCAGAGCUGCUACAAGACCUAGUUGACAUGCGUCAGCCAAACGAGGUGCUGCACACAGUAUCUACCGGAAUACUUGUCGGUAUUUAUGUGGCUGCUGCUGCGCUCGCUGUGGUGCUAUGCUCACUGGGACUCGUGUGCUUUCGCCAUACUAGCAGUAUGCGGCGGAAGCAGUUGCGAGCUAUGCUGGAUGACAGUGAAAAAUCGACGUGCGAUCCUUGCACUCUCACGCCUCGGGGUAUGUUUUUCGUAAACGCGGGCAGCAACAACGGAACAUCAGAGCCGAUGUCCUCCGAGUUGCUUGAUCGUGAGUCUUGUUUUGAAUUGAGAGCUCGAAGAAGAACCUUGAAUGCUACAGCGUCGAUGGAAGUCGAUUUCUCGGACGUCCUUGGUGCUUCAGAAGUGUUACUUCAAUCUCAGAAUGAUGCUAUUGUCCAUGCAUUGCGCGUUCCCAUCAUUGACGUAGAUGGCGACUGCAUGCUUUCUCGUGGCCCAUGUAAUGAAGUGCUGGUUGGAACUCUUGUCUUGCGCGGGGUUGUUCUCAAGCGAUUGCGGGGGUCAAAGCGUAACAACACUCGUGCAGUCGAGCGUUUGGCUCGUGAAGUUUGCUUAGCUGCCAAGUUGAAACACCCAAAUAUCGUGAACUUAGUGGGUAUUGCUUGGAACUCUUUGCAGAAUCUCAUGGCGAUUUGGGAAUACCACCACAGCGGCGACCUUCACCGUGCUAUGGGCAGUGAGAGAAAAUGUCGAGCUUGGACGUGGACUCAGCAAAAACUGCAAAUCGCUAUUGGCAUCUCUCGUGGUCUGUCUUUUCUUCAUGUUCAAUCACCUCCGAUUGUCCAUGGCGCAAUUGAGCCUCGCCACAUCUUGCUGAAUUCGGCUACAGGAGAUCCGGUACUUUGCGGACUUGGUUCUUGCGCUGGUCGACCUUUUGAUGCCACCUAUGAGGACGAAGGUAGUCCAGCUGAAGAAGGUAGCAUCUGGAACGACCCGGACGUGUUUACAGAGCGUGGGUUUUCACAAAGCUCGGACAUGUAUUCGUUUGGUGUUCUAUUGGUAGCACUAGACACGGGAAGGCCGUUAAUUGGUGUUGCGAGGGCAGAUCUACUGAAGUUGCUGACACCCCGUUGCCCUGACUUUAUUCAAGAAAUGGCUCGUGACUGCCUUCAAAGUGACCCAAUGAGACGUCCAUCUGCACGGGUCGCGCUGUGUCGCUUGGAGAAAGAUUGUAACCGAGGCUCUAUUCCUUCGCGAUGA